AUGUUGGAUAUCCCCACAGUGAAGGAGUUAGAGAUAGCGACCGCAACUACAAGUCGACCGGAUUUGGCGCGCAUUCCAGAAUACGCCAUAUGGUACCAAGCCACUGUUUCCUUGCAACCCUGGGUAUUAUUUUUUGAUGGCUCAAGAACUGAAACAUUAGCAGGGGCAGGGAUUGGGAUUAUUCUGGAGAACCCAGAGGGCGAUCGUUUCUCUUACUCUUUCCAAUUGGAGUUUAAGUGUACGAACAACCAAGUAGAGUAUGAGGCCCUUAUUAUUGGCCUAGAAGUCUUACUGGAAUUGGGAGUGAGAGACGUUCAGAUCCGCGGCGACUCUCUGCUCGUGAUAAAUCAGCUUCAAGAGAAAUACAGAUGUGUAACCUGGCUGCUCGUACCAUAUUUGAAUCGCCCUAUUGAGCUUCUGGAUCAAUUUGAUGACGCAGAUUUGGAGUACAUCCUUCGCGAGCGCAAUUUCGAAGCUAAUGAACUCGCUCAACUGGCUACAGGCAUUACAUUGAAGUAUGGGGUUCACGAACGCAUUCUGAAAGUCGAGCGUCGCACGCUGCCUUCAUGGCUCGCACUGCCUGACCCGCCGGAUGAUCCGGUUGUCCCGGUCCUAGAGCCAAUUGACGUCGAUUGGCGCAUUCCAUUUAUCGAUUACCUCAAACAACCAGAUCCUACAGCAGACAGGAAGAUUCAUUUUCUUGCCUUAAAUUACCUCCUCAGGGGUGACGAGCUGCGACGACGUGGGGAAGAUGGCAUAGACUUCCGGUUUGGUAUCCCUGAAGUGCUCGUUUCAGACAGGGGGCAGCAUUCAUGGGAGGUGCUGUUGAGCAACUUGUAA